AUGGGUGCGGAGAGUUCAAGUUCGAUUUCGGAGAAGAGCCAGAAAGCUGGAAUCACUGCAUCAUUGUUGGAGCUGCUCAUAGCUUCGCUGUCACCCUUGCUUCCCGUUCAUUCGCCGUUGCGGCGUGCAACUGUGUACCUUUUGAGGCGUGGUCUUGCACUGGUACCUCAAAACUCUUUUGGGUCUGGUCAAGGGGUGUGA